AUGCGCGCCUCCGGUGCCGCCGCCCUCCUCUCCCUCCUCUCCACCGCCGCCACGCUCCCCGCACCGCCCAGCGAGACCCUUUCCUCGGGCCUCAUCAUCGAACACAUCAGCGGGCCAGCGACAUGCGAUCGGCCCACGCGCAAACAUGACAAGGUCGCCAUGCACUACAGAGGCAGCCUGCUGUCCAACGGCGAAGAGUUCGAUCAGAGCUACAAACGCGGCAAACCCUUCCAAUUCGUGCUCGGCACGCAUCAGGUGAUUGCAGGAUGGGAUGAGGGUCUCAUGGACAUGUGCAUUGGGGCAAGCAGAAAACUGACCAUACCUGCUGAGCUGGGGUAUGGAAGUAGAGGUGCACCUCCCCAUAUCCCGCCUGAUGCUGUGCUGGUUUUCGAGACGAAGUUGGUGGAUAUCGUUGAGUUCAGCAAGGAUAAAGUGACGACGACGACAUCAAGAGUCGUGUCCACGAGCACGGAGUCCGGCACAACGACAACCGUGUCUUCACGACCUACAUCGGCGCCAGCACCGACACGUACGCCAGAUGUCGCGGAAGCAAAGAAACCGUCCGACGAUACUGGACCUCCCCAACAAGCACAGUGCCACUUGCUGGGUCCUUUCGCCCUCGUAGCCCAAGCUGGUCUUGGGUUCCUCGCCCUGCUCAUUCUUAUUUGGAAACGCUGGCGCGAAGUCCCGAAACGGCCUUGGAAGAUCUUCUUCUUCGAUGUCUCCAAGCAAGUGUUUGGCUCCAUGCUGGUGCACGUCAUCAACCUAGCCAUGUCGAUGCUCAGCUCUGUAGACGUCGCCAGUGCUGCCGCUGUAGCCGCCGAGGCCAUAGCAGAGUCAUCUGACAAGUCGGAUGGCAGAGUGCCAAACCCCUGCUCCUUCUACGUGCUCAACUUGGGAAUCGAUACCACGCUCGGGGUACCAGUGCUCUAUGUUCUGCUGAAGUUGCUACACCGCAUCUUCGCCUACACUCCCCUGGCAAAUCCGCCGGAAUCCAUCAAGAGCGGAAACUAUGGCCAACCUCCUCAGGUGGCAUGGUACUUCAAACAGUUGCUCAUCUACUGCAUCGGAUUGAUUGGAAUGAAGCUCUUCGUCUUCUUUCUCUUCAUGGCCAUGCCAUUCCUCCCCUGGAUAGGAGACUGGGCUCUGCGCUGGACGGAAGGCAGCGAGGCGCUUCAAGUCGCCUUCGCACUCUUUAUCUUCCCCCUGGCCAUGAAUGCGAUACAAUACUGGAUCGUCGACGGGUUCAUCAUGGACAAGAAGCAGGCAGAAAGUGGCCCUGAAUAUCAGAGAGUUGACGAAGAGAGUAGCGAGGAAGAUACUCUGGUGCCUGAGGAAGUGGACGUACGUGUUCCCAGCAAAGAUGACGGUCAGCCCAUGUUAAGAGAAGUCGAUCCGGAGCCUUUGGGCAGCCGAUAUGCGGACGAAGGAGGAAGUGGGAGGAGCAGGUAG